AAAUUAAGGUUGUGUUUCAAAUUGAAAUUCUGUUAAAUAACUGUUUAUUUCUUUUUCUCUCUCACAGAGAAAAAUAAAGAAAGAAUUAUUUUCAAGUACUAUAGGAAAAUUUAAAACGUAACCUUCAUGAAAUUAUAAGAAGUGUAAGAAUUGGAUAUUUUGUGAAGAAACACUUUUACUCAAAAUGGGAAGACCAGCAAAAAAACAUGACAAAGCAUCAGUAAACAAAUCAAAUAAGAUGCUGGAUAAUAUAUGGAUUCAAGUUAAAGAUGGAGUUGAAAGUAUUUAUAAAGGAGAAUCUAUGUCAAGUCAAAAAUACAUGAUUAUGUAUUCAUGUGUCUAUAAUUAUUGUACAAAAGUUCAAAUGAAUGCUCCUCCAGUUAGACCACAAAAUAAUAAAAAACCAACAAUUAUUGGAGCACAAGUUUUGGGUUUUGAACUUUAUACACGUAUAACUAAUUUCAUUGAAAAUUAUCUCGACAAAUUGCAAAAGGGUGCAGUUAAUUUAGUCGACGAGGACAUUUUGGUUUUCUAUACAAAACAAUGGGAGGAUUAUCGUUUUAGUUCAAAAGUUUUAAACGGAGUGUGUUCGUAUUUAAAUCGACAUUGGGUUCGAAGAGAAACCGAAGAAGGAAGUACAGAAAUUUAUCAAAUCUAUGAACUCGCUAUGAAUUUAUGGAAAAUUCAUGUAUUUAAACAUCUUGAAAAACAGGUAACAGCAGCUGUGCUUCAAUUAAUAGAACGCGAACGUCAUGGUGAAUUGAUAAACACUAGUUUAGUGAGUGGUGUGAUAAAUUGUUAUGUUGAGUUGGGUUUAAAUUCAAAUUUAUCGACAAACAAUUUAAUUUAUGAAAAUUCAUUUGAAAAUCUAUUUAUCAAUGAAACGGAACAUUUUUAUUUACAAGAAAGUCUCAAUUUAUUAUCAACAAAUACAAUAUCGGAAUAUAUGAAAAAAGUUGAGGAACGAUUACAAGAGGAAACAAAACGUGUUCAAAUUUAUUUACAUCCAUCGACACAUGAUCGUCUUCAAAAAGCUUGUGAAAAAAUUCUUAUUGGAAAAUAUAUUAAUGAAUUUAAUUGUGAAUUUAUAAUAUUUUUGGUUUCUUGGCGAACAACCGAUUUAACGAGAAUGUAUCAAUUAUUAUCAAAAAUACCCAAUGGUUUAAUUGAUUUGAAAAUAAUUUUUGAAAAUUUUGUCCUACAAGAUGGUCUUUCUAUUUUAGAUAAAUGUGCAGAUGCGGCAAUUAAUGAUCCAGAAUUGUAUACAAAGGAAAUAUUGGAUAUUUAUGUAAAACACAAUAAUCUAAUCAACAAAUCAUUUAAUAAUGAUAACGGAUUUCAAUCAAUGCUCGACAGAGCUUGCAUUCGUUUUAUCAAUCAUAAUGCAAUUACUAAAUCAUCAAAAACGUCAAGCAAGUCCUCGGAAUUAUUAGCUAAAUACUGUGAUAUACUUUUGAAAACGAGUAGCAAAAAUCCAGAAGAAAAUGAAUUGGAAGAUGCUCUUAAUCAAGGGAUGAUAAUUUUCAAAUAUUUAGAAGAUAAAGAUGUCUUUGAAAAAUAUUAUUGUAAAUUUUUGGCAAAGCGUCUGAUAAAUCACAUGUCAGCAAGUGAUGACGCAGAGGCUUCAAUGAUUUCAAAGCUCAAACAAACAUGUGGAUUUGAGUACACGUCAAAACUACAACGAAUGUUUCACGAUAUGGGUAUAUCGAAAGAUUUAAAUGAAAAAUUUCGUAAUAACUCAGCGUCAUUUGUUAAAUCAUUAGAAAUGGAUUUUAAUGUACAAAUACUUUCAUCUGGCUCGUGGCCUUUUAAAAAUUCAUAUACUUUUGCACUACCAAAUCAAUUGGAGAAAUGCCUGCAAAAGUUUACCUGUUUUUAUAGCUCUCAAUUUUGUGGAAGAAAAUUAACUUGGAUGUAUAAUUUGUCAAAGGGUGAAUUACAUACAAAUUGCUUCAAGAACAAAUACAUAAUGCAAGUCUCGACAAUGCAAAUGACUAUCUUUCUUUUGUACAAUUCAUCAUUGUCCUAUACAAUACAACAAUUGCAAGAAGAGACGCAAAUUGAUUUCAAUUUAUUAAUUCAGGUACUACAAAUUAUUCUAAAAUCCAAAGUAUUAACUACCAAUGAUGAGAAAAAUCUGACACCAUCUUCAGUUAUUAAACUUUUUAAAGGCUACAACAAUAAGAAACUCAAGGUAAAUUUAAAUGUACCAUUAAAAACGGAACAAAAAAUUGAAGUUGACAAUACGGAAAAACAUAUUGAGGAGGAUAGAAAAAUAUUGAUACAAGCGGCAAUUGUCAGAGUCAUGAAAACAAGAAAAAUUUUGAAACAUCAACAACUAUUAAUCGAAGUUUUAAAUCAAUUGAAUACAAAAUUCAAUCCAAAAGUAUCAAUCAUAAAGAAAUGCAUCGAUAUUUUAAUUGAAAAAGAAUAUCUCGAACGUGAGGAAGGAUCAAAAGAUACCUACAAAUAUCUCGCCUAAUUAUAAAUGAUGACCGAAAAAAGUCAUUUUGACAUUGUAUUUUUAAACACAAAUUUUUUAAAAUAUAUUUUAUUUUCAAAAA